AUGAUGAAAAAAUCCGCAUUCAGUACUAUUCGUGUUUGCAGAAGAUUUCUGAAUCUCAGAUCUUGUCGAUCCAGAUAUUACUCGAGUUCAACUUCUCCUAAAAGCAUUGCAAAUGACAGUAGUAGGACUUUCAAAGUGAUAGGUUUUGGGUUAGCCGGAUUUACCGGCUACAUGCUUGGCGAUAAACUCCACAAACCGGAAAGAGAGCAUACCGACGAAGGUUCGACCUUGCCGUUAGAUAAACUUCAGCCGGCGAUUUAUUGUACCGAUCCCAAGAAACUAGAUAUAGUAGUUCAGCAAUUGAAAGAUGUAUUCAAUAAUGAUCCAGCUCAUUUCUCUGACACCAAAAGCGAUCUAGAUUCUCAUUCGGACACAUAUUUCAGCACACAUCAUCCCACACCUGAUCAACGACCACAUAUUGUUUUAUUUCCAUCGACAACCGAAGAGGUUUCAAAAGUGAUGAAAAUUUGUCAUGAUAAUAAAGUCCCUGUUGUUCCCUUUUCCGGUGGUACCUCUUUAGAGGGCCAUUUCUUGCCUACCAGAGGUCGCUCUACUGUUGUUAUCGAUGUAUCUAAGUACAUGAAUCAUAUACUCAAAUUGGACACGAAGGACCUUGAUGUGCAAGUACAAGCAGGAGUUCCGUGGGAAGAUUUGAAUGAUUACCUGAAUGACAAAGGGCUCUUGUUUGGGUGUGAUCCGGGGCCGGGCGCACAAAUUGGUGGAUGCGUUGCUAAUUCAUGCUCUGGAACUAACGCUUAUAGAUACGGAACAAUGAAAGAAAACGUUAUAAACUUAACACUAGUAUUGCCUGAUGGAACCAUCAUCAAGACAAAAAAAAGGCCAAGAAAGUCAAGCGCAGGCUACAAUUUAAAUGGUUUGUUUAUCGGCAAUGAGGGAACACUAGGUGUCGUGACAGAAGCCACUGUCAAGUGUCAUGUCAAACCAAAACUGGAGACUGUAAUUGUGGCCGCGUUCCCGUCUGUGGGUGAGGCUGCCGAGUGUUCUUCAAACAUCACGCAAGAGGGUAUACAAUUAAAUGCAAUGGAAUUACUUGAUGACGAAAUGAUGAAACUAAUCAACAAUUCUGGCGCUACGUUUAGAACUGACUGGAACGAAACACCAACGAUGUUUUUCAAGGUUGGUGGUAAAAAUGAAAACAUCGUCCAUCAGACCAUCAAAGAACUUGAGAAAAUCGCUAAAAGACACAAAGCCUCCUCUUUUGAAUUCGCUACAGACGAUGAUGAGAAGUUGGAGCUGUGGGAAGCAAGAAAAGUUGCAUUAUGGUCGGUUAUCGAUGCAGGAAAAUCAAAAAACAAGAACGCCAAUAUCUGGACUACCGACGUGGCAGUGCCCUUGUCAAAUUUCGCGCAAAUCAUUGAAGAGACCAAAGAAGACAUGAACAAAUCGCCCUUGAUCAAUGCAAUUGUAGGUCAUGCUGGUGACGGUAAUUUCCACGCUUUCAUAGUAUAUAGCAACGACGAAGAACAGAAAAUUUGCGAGGACAUUGUAGAAAGGAUGGUUAGAAGAGCCAUAGACCUGGAUGGUACCUGUACAGGGGAGCAUGGUGUCGGUAUAGGCAAAAGAAAAUUUUUACUGGAAGAGUUGGGUAAUGAGCCGGUAGACUUAAUGAGAAAGAUCAAAUUAGCCAUUGACCCAAACAGAAUUCUGAACCCAGACAAGAUUUUUAAAAUAGAUCCUGAAGAUCAAAUUGAGCAUUAA